CUGUACAAAGCUAUGCAGGGUAUUAUGUACAACAUGCUAACUGCGAAUACAAGCCAAGUAUCACUUCAAGAGUACAAAUAUUGAUGGUAGAAAUGCAUCCAACUAAAGUAUUUCGAGUCUUCUUUCUUGCUCGGCGAUGACAAUGCAGCUGUGGCCCGUCCAGAGACACUUGACACACAGUUGCUGGAGAAAACCCCGACUGUUGCCAAGCAACCCAGGCCCAACAAGGAGCCUCGACCCCGGGAGGCGAGGAGACCAAGAGUCCGUUUCGGAACCAUGGACGCCUCGGGUGACAAACGCAGCCAGCAAACGGGAAGGAGUCAGCGCAGUCCAAGAGGAUAAGCUCCAUGGCGCUUUCGGUCGUUUUGGACAAACAUAUUAGUCGUCUCUGUCUCAAUCAGUUUCCCUGUGGAAAAGGCACCUGGAGGAAGAUCAGAGUCAACACAGAGGAGGUGGACGCGGAUGAUACGGACAUGCUUUUGGACUUGCUGAGUUGUCCCCACUCGCCCUGGAGGAUGGACGAGCUGUGGAGCCCGCAGGCCGCCGCCCUCAGACGGGUGGCCGUGGUGGCGCCCGAACGCAUCAACGCCGAUUUCAUCAGCAGCUACUUCAGCACGUUACGCAUCGUGGACAAGGACGUGUCGGUUAUUGACGACUGCCUGCUGAAGUUCUGCAACUUGGAGGAACUUGUGCUGAGUGCCAACAAAAUCUCUGAGAUAUCAGCUGAGAAUCUUCCCAGGACUUUGAAGGUGUUGGAGCUGCGGGCCAACUCUCUGUCUGCUUUGGGCCGCCUGGCCAACUCCCCGCCGCCUCGUCUGCAGUACCUCGGCCUGGCGUCUAACGGACUGGGCUCUCACCGUGACGUCACUCAGCUCACAGGAAGACACUGGCCUCAGCUGGUGUGUCUGGACCUGAGCGACUGCGACUUCCAGGCCCAGUGGCCCCUCCUAAAGGCCCUGAGCACCAUGCCUUGUCUCAGGACCUUGGUGCUGGAGGGAAACCCCUUCACCCUGACCCCCUUCUACCCGGGCUUCACGGUGGACACCCUGCCCCGCCUCUCCUACCUGGACGCCUCGUGGAUCACCCCCGAGGAGAGACAUCGCUACCGAGGGAUGGCCAAGAUGAGCUCGGUGAUGGUGGAGUGGGCGUCGGUGACAGUGCGAGUGGGCGCCAUGCGGGGAAUCCCCGACCCUCUCAUGUAUGAGGAUCCCAACGCUGGGGAAUUCCCCGUCAUCAGCUACAACUACCUGAUCACAUACAUGUUCUUUAGUCAUCACACUACUUCCUACCAGGUGGUCGACGGCGAGGUGAAGUACCAAUGCCAAGACGGCGCCGGCGAAACUCCGCCGCCUAACAACAAAAGCGAAAAAGAAAGUUCCAAAUCCGACGACAGUGUCAAAUCUGAGGACAGCUGCAAUGACACUUCACGUGAGUCGAGACACAGCACCUCCCGCCAGCCCUGGUCGGACUGCGUGGACUUCAGCGACGCGCUCACGCUCAUCAUAAGAGACCUGAGGGGCUUCAAGACAUUCCUCAGCCAAGGACUUCAGGUUCAUAUUGAACAGGAAAAGGUGCUGUCGUGGCCCGCAGAGGUCCCUGACGACGCCCCCUUGGCCAAAAAUGAUCAAGCCAAUAAAAAAGGAGGCAAACAAGCGGCCAAGAAGGACAAGAAGAAGAAGAAGGCGAGCACGGUGCUGAUCCCAGACGCCCCCAUCAUCACGCUGGUGGCGUCGGCACACGUGCCGCUACACAAGCUGCUGCUCAGCGGCUGCCACAAGGUCAGCGCCCUCUGCAACUUUGGUGUCCUGCACAGAGAUCCUCCCGCAGAAGAUGCUCGCACACCCCCGGAGAACGCCACAGUGGAGAAGAAGGCCAAGGAGGAGCCUAAGAAGAAAGCGGGCGGCCGCGCCGCCAUCAAGAAAGUUGCGGUGGUCAGAGGCGCAGAGUCCACCACCGUGGAGCUGAGCGUGGAACUAAAGAAAUGGCGCAACGCGUGUGAAGUGGCACCGCUGUUACCUCCAGAACGAAGACAGCAGGGUCGAUGGAAAGACGUUAGGAAGAUUUUGGAUACGUAACUUUUAUUAAUUUUUCCCCAUGGACAUCAAAAACCGUUUUAUUUUAUUACAAAAAAAAAAAAAAAAAUGAAUGUGUUUCUCACACGCACACAAAACCAAGAAGAAGUAAGGAUGUGUGUGUGAAGUGUUUUUAUAAGUGUUCAAUGUUUUUAAUAAAGCCAAAAUGUCCUCGUG